UCGAARCUCCAUAUUGCUUUCUGUAGCCAUCAAUGGCCGCUAGCAAAUUCAUGAAGCGCUUGUUGCUUAACAUAGAUUUGAGUUUCAAUUUGAUAAGAAAAAGGGAAUUGUAUCAUCGGUAUGUAUAUAAUGCACUAAGCCGUUAUCAAUCACAAUGGUCAAAGGUAGAAAAUCCUAACACAAAAGAUGCAAAGGAUGCAACUGUAUCACGAUCACCUAUAUCUCAACAAGACAACCAAAUGGAGUCGAGCUCCGGGCUUAGCAAAUACAGUUCUGAUGAAGAUGAUGCAGCCAACAACAAGUGGAAGUUAGAGCUUGAUUGGCUCACAAAAGCACUUGAACCAGCCCUACAAUUGUGUAGGUGGCCUCUUCCCACAGGAAAUGGAAAUGGAAAUGGAARCAAAAUUCCACCUAGCAGUCGGUCGCUUGCAGAAAUCCUUGCAAGCAUUCARCGGAGUAAACUUGGAGUCCAGGAUUGGAGCUUGAGUGAUCUUACAAUAGGUUUAUACCUUAUUUACCUUCAGCAAGCAUCUACAAAUCCAUUCGAGGAUGUUAAAGGUGUAAAGRUUUCCUCUGACGCAGUGGUCCAGGAUCUUAUAUACCAUGUAGAACUAGCAAAGGGGGCAUAUAGGGAUAGUGCUGCUAGCCUGGCCAAAAACAGCAUGCUUCGAGAAAGCAACAUUGUGAAAUUUGUGAAAAACUCUAGUAUGCUGAGACCAGGAUACUACAUUGGGGUUGAUAUUCGCAAUAAACUWGUGAUUUUUGGAAUUCGUGGAACACAUACUGUGUACGACCUCAUCACUGACAUUGUUUCUUCGAGCGACAAGGAAGUGAAUGUUGAAGGCUAUUCAACUCAUUUUGGCACUGACGAGGCUGCUCGUUGGUUUCUCACUCAUGAGUUAGGAAACAUUAAAAAGUACCUUGAGAAGCAUGAGGGAUUUAGGUUAAGGCUGGUGGGCCAUUCACUUGGAGGUGCGAUUGCUUCUCUGCUAGCUAUAAUACUUCGCAAAAAGACAAGGGAGGAGUUGGGUUUUAGUCCUGAGAUUGUUACWGCGGUUGGAUAUGGCACACCACCUUGUGUUUCUAGAGAGCUUGCGGACAGCUGCUCUGAUUUUGUCACAACCGUUUGUAUGCAGGAUGAUAUAAUCCCAAGGCUAAGUGUAGCUACUCUGAUGAGAUUAAGGAAUGAAAUUCUUCGGACUGAUUGGAAAACCAUGUUUGAGAAGGAGGACUGGAGAAGUGUUUUAGAUUUAGUUACCAAUGCAAAGCAGGUUGUAUCUUCUGUACAAGAUGUAGCUAGAAAGCUAGCUGAUUAUACCAAGUUUGGAAGCCAGACAAAAUUUAUUGAUAUUCCUGAUAGAAAAGAUUCUAUUGUGAUACCAAGUAAUAUCCCUACGAUCUCCGAASCAGAUGAAACAAAAGCCGAUGACGUUAACGAGGAAAGACAUGAUCUGACUGUUCCCCCGGAGGAACUGUUUGUUCCGGGUACAGUUUAUUUUCUGAAACGGAAGGAAGCAAACCACAAUGGCAAUAGAGUGAAUUACUUCACACUUUGGAAGAGACAUAAAGGGGAACAUUUUCAGAGGAUACUACUGUCAAACAACUUGAUUGCAGACCACAAAUGUGAUAGCCAUUACUAUGCUCUGAGGGACGUCCUCAAAGGCAUUCCCAGGCCUCAAAAUGAAACUCAGCCAGAAUAAGGUUUGUUUUUCUUCAUUCUCCAUUUUUCAUUUGAUGGGUCACUUCAAUGUAACCCAUAAAAUGAAAAAUAUUAAAUGCCGAAAAACGCCUAAAGUGUUGUCAUUUUUUACGUGUUYUUUUUCUGUAAUUUAAUGUACAUACGUUAUUUUCAUAAGAUUUGUAGAACCAUUUAGUCAUAAAAACAGACAAAUUCUGGGUCUUGAUGGGUGGUUUAUAGAGACUUAUAGCAACAGUCUUAUAUGUUAAGAUUGGGCCAAUUAAAUUGAGCCCAGACCUACCCAACCAUGUAAAAUUUAAAAACUUUGUUAAUUGGAUGAUGAUGGGUUUUAWCGAAUGUCUGUUUCAAUCUUUUUAGAGGUCCUGUUACACCUGUACCAACAAUAUAGAUCGCCCGCACGAGUAUUAAGUAGAACAAAGUAUGAAAGUUCAUACCAUAUGUUAUAUUAAAAGCCUUGCAAAUUAAAACAACAAAAAAAUGUCUUAAAAUGACAAAGUAACACAUGAAAUUUACUUGAAUAGAAUCAUUCUUCAAAAUCGGUUGCCAAAUGGGCUAAAAGAGGAGAGCCUAAAACGUYUGUAAUUCGGCUAAAGGUUUAAAUAUAUAUAAUUUGGUUAAAGCUAAAACAUGUAUACCUUGGCCCCAAAAAUUACCUGUUCCAUAACUUACAUUAAAAACUCUCAGGCACGAACUAUUAGACAAUAUAUGAGACAGCUGAAAAGAAAUGUUGGACUYGUAAUUAAAUGGUAGCCCAAGAUAUGCUAAAGCAAGCCAGCAAUGUCCUCCCUUUUUGAUGCAAAUACAAGAAAAASUUGAGAUGCCCCUUAAAUAGUUGUAUCCUAAAGAUAAACAAAAUGCCCUUCCUUUCUCACAUUUUCUUCUUCUUUUGAGUAUAUAUGCAUAUGGAGUAUAUUAAGCACUUGAUUU